AGUUCGCUCCAGUCGCCACUUCCCCAAACUCCCACCAUACCCAUACUCGUCACCACCUCCAACCCCAUUACCACCAACUCUACCCUCACCAUGGCCGCCCCAGCAAACUGCACACACUCGUUCAAGGUCAUCAAGUCCGACACCACAAUCGUCUCGUGGAAUUGCAACAUCUGCCACACCGGCCCCUACCAAUCCGUCUACGAAUGCCAGAACUGCAAACUCAAGACCUGCCGCCCCUGCGCAGCCAAAUCAUAGAUUGAACGCAGGCCACAGAUCGGCGGCAUCGCUAGCGAAUCCAAAUACCCGGGCCGCCCUCGCGAUCUUGCGCCCAAGCUCGCCUAGCUCGGAUUCAAAUUUCGCGCUAUCAAUUUUCGGAUCUUUACAAGCGACGAUUUCCCCUCCAUUAGCUAUUCCAUCACCAUGGUCUCAUUGCCUCUAUUUAUUUUAGCACGGCGUUCUGGCGGCUCAAUCUUCGGUCCAGAGGCGGCCUCUUCUAUGCAGCCUCCGUUUUCUUCUUAGGCGUCCAUUCCAUUACUCGACGACUAAAAGCAAAUUCCGUCUGGACAGUUUCAAGCAGGGGCACUCUCACACGCCCCAGCAAUCGGUCAUCGCCUUUCGACACACCCUCGCAAAUGCUUCUCGGUCGCAUUCUCAGCAUUUACAGCACGGACGGCUCUGGCGUUUAUUCGGUGCUAUACCUUUCUCUUCAAUUUUUUUAUGAU